CGUUACGUCACACUUUAUUUAUGUAUUGACACCAGAGAAAGCCGGAAGACAUUGAACCCUUUGAAUGUGUUAAAGAAAGAUCUUAUUUAUAUCUUGCUGAACGUACACUUUUAAUGGAUGUUUAAGAAAUAAAAGAUAAAAGUUUACAAGAAAAUGGACUUUACACUGUUAAACGUAAUUUGGCUCCUAGUGCAUUUGAGUAUACGUAUGGCACUUUACCAUGUUGACCAUUCUGUAUUACGUCAAGGCUGUGAUAAGAAAGUAAAGAAGAAGAAACUAAAGCACAUUCGAUAUCAUAGGUUCCCUAGAAAAUACGUGUAUAUAACAACAAGAGUUAACAGGAUUGCACGACCGAGAAUCAAAGAAUAUAUUUACAAAUUAUGUAGAUAUACGGAAAACGGAUUAUGUAUUUACAGACGUCCACAAAACUGCUAUUGUUUUGCUAUUCCAUUUACUUCUGACUCACGCGAGAACUCCUGGCGACCGGUAAUUAGGCUAGGAACAACUCAAUUAGAUAACUCCACACCAAUUGUAAGAAGUGAAUCUCAAGAAAACAGAGAGCAACACAUCGAAGAUCUGUUACGCAUAAGUAACAUAACUGGUCAAGGGCAUCAGUCUGAAUACCCAAUUGGCGGUUCCCUUUACAUAGAUAACAACAGGAGAGCAGAAAACCCAGAAAAUGAAGCAUGUGGAGGACCACUUUCGGAACAUUCUGUCCCACUUUCUGAAUCAAACGUUUCAACUAUACCAGGGUUUCCAAGUUUUCCGUCAUCGGCAUUUCCAUCGCCGAAUUCCAAUUACAUAAGUACUGAAUUAAACAACAGUUUCUACAUCCCAUUCGAGGAAGUGACGCCCGCUAUUUCAGGAGAGAAUAGCAGAAUGGUAUCAGACGAUGAUUUAGGAACAAAUCAGCAGACAGAGAAAACAUCAGUACCAGCAACGAUGGCUUUCAAAUUGCAUUCAAAUCAAGAUAAUGGAAACUCUUCCUACUGUCGUUUUUGCCAUGGAAAACUAAGGAAUGUUGGAGCUUCUGAUGAUACACCGGAACAACAAAGAGUAGCAGGACCUAAAACUGAUAAAAAGAAGACUUCAGCACAUAAGUUGGUAAAUUCAGAGCCAGUGAUCAGUAUUAGGGAGCGGCGUUCUCAGAGUAAGAGGGCAAAAGGCACCGAAAAGACAUCAGAUUGUGAUACAAAUAUGCAGGAGUGCACUACUGAGCUCUCAAACACUCAGACAGGCUCGGCUAUGCAACUAUCUGGUGUGGAGUCUUCUCGGGGUGAUGAAUUAACGAAUGCAGAGGCACUAACAUCCUUUCUUGCUGUAAAUAUUAAAGGAGAAAAUCCUGCACAUUUGAGACCUUUAAUAGAAAAGGAAAACAGCUCCACAAGAAACACGAAGUCAAAGUCAAACCCACCCACUUCAACGAAGGAGAAGCGCUUCAAUGAAAAGGGGAUUAAGGAUGAAGGUAGUAUGCCAAACCAUGCACGACCUAACGAAAUGGAACCAGAAAAUGUCGAAGGAAGGCGGGUGGUCUCAUCUGAAAGACCAAAUGUGGCUACGGAACGAAAUUUAAAUGCUCCUUCUGAAGAGAACACAUUAGCAAUUGCAGAGUUUGACAAUAUUGAUCAAAGAAUGACCGUAGAUAGAAGAGUAUCUAGAUCUAUAUCAGAUAACAAUUCAAGUGAUGUGAUUCAAACGCUGGAAGACAAAGAAUAAGUUUUUUUUAUGAAACUUAAACCAAUAUGAAAAUUAAAAGGCUGCCUUAUUGUGUUUUCUAUUGGAAACUCAACUGUUUUUUUUUUAGAAACUAUUUAGGCCAACUGUUUUACUGUUUUCAAAGUCGACCGACCCAAAUGUUAAGGAAUUGGGGAGAAAUUGUGUAUGUCAGGUGAAUGAAUUUAUCUAACCAUCAUAUCACUUCGAGAUUGCAGUAUUUUUAUAGAGAUUUAAAAAAGUUUUUGAAGGAUAAAUAACAUUUGAUUCAUUAUCAAUCAUUUCAAAUGUUAAAUGCGACUGGGUGGUAGUGCAGUACCGAUCAGACCCAACCAACAGAAAGUAAACCCAGGCUGACCUUGGGUUUACUUUCGGGAUUUACUCUGGGUUUACUAGAGUGAACCCAGAGUAAACCCCAAGUCAACCAAGAGUAAACCAAUCAGAAGUAGACCCCUGAGGCAGACGCUUCAUGUGUAAUUGGAAUAUGCAAGGGGAGGGAAUUACAGGCAGUAAGAUAAAUAAAUAAAAGGUAAACCCAAAGUCAACCCUGAGUGGACCCAAAAUAAACCCAAUCUUGACACAAUCAUUUUAAAAGUAAACCCGGAGUAAACCCAAGUAAACGCUAAAGGAAAUCCAAGGUUUAACUGGUAUUCUUUCUAGUGUUAAGUUGUGUCUGAUCGGUAUUGUAAAACUAUCACUUUUAUGAAGGUUUGCAAAUUAAAAAAAAAUUGUCAUUUUUAUUUCAACUUACUGGCUCAAAGUUAUAUGGAAAACGUCUUAAAAAGAUCUGAUAAAUAUAAGGUCUUAAAAACACUUGCGUUAUAAUGAGGUAUCGAGACAAUUUUUAUCUUUCUAAAACAAUCAUUAUAUCAGUACUGAUUUUAUUAGAAUUUGGUUGACCCUUAAAUUUCAAAACACUUUAAACAAACUUGUUUUUUCUUAGCUACACUACUCCUCCAAAAUAUAGGCCUUGCAACAUCUAAAAUGUAUUCGAUAUAUCUAUUUGAAAAAAAAAAAAAAAGGAUAGUUUUUUAUAUUCAUGAAAUAACAUUCAAAUUGACAUGAUAUUAAUAUACUUUAAGAAUUUUGAGUAGUCAAUCCAAGGAAGACCAAUUCUUUAAUAGGAGUUUAUCUUUACGUUUUCUUCUCUUUGGACACAGAAAUAGCUAUUAGUGUAUUCCUACUGAUAAGUAAAACAUAGUCAAUAAUAAAUGUAUUUGUCACUAGCUUCACAUUUGUUUGGCCACUUUUUAGAGAAUCUUCAAUUAAAAUACAAAAGCACAAGACCGAAGAACCUGAAAUUUGGUUUUGAUGUUUUAACGGAAUUAUACCUAAUAUAUUGAUUGUGAUUUUUGUUUUACGUCCAUGAAGAUGUUUAUGAGCUUGAACAUGUUAUCCUAGAGAGACUUGCCUCUUUUAAACAAGUUUCCUUAAUACGCAUAGUACAAUUAUAUUUUUGGAUUAGUGUACUGUCAGCCUUCAAAUGCUAAGGUAAUGUAAAAAUUAUUGAAUAUAGGCACACUUUAUCAAUUUUUGAGAAGCCUUUUUAACGAAAACAGAGUUCUAUCAUUUUAUUGUUGACUCAAUGUAAUAACACAAUUUUGUCCAAUGAUAAAGUAAAUUAAUGGAUAUAUGUGCUAAAAAAUAAACCAAUCUAAGAAAUAAUAAAAAAAUAGAAUUCUUCUGGUCAUGAAACAAAGAACUAAAACAUGAUAUAAAAAAUUAAGCAAGAUAAACUGGAAUACAUGAAAUGUAUUCUACCUUUACACCAAACGUUAAUAAUAACCUUAAGUUAUCGUCUGCACAAAUGAAAUAAUAUAUAUGUUUCUAAAUUAAUUUUUUUGUUAUAUCAAUAUGUACUUAUUAAUUAUAACAGUGAAGAGACAACAAUAAAGCCUAUAUGAAUUGGCGGUGAUAAUGAGUAUGGUAUUAGUCGACAAAUUGAUGAUAAUUACAACAUGUUUCGAUAUUUCAACAAGCAGUUUUGUUUGUCAAAAAAGAGGAGCAAUACGGAGAAAACUGUUUUUAUUUAAAUUUUGACUGCUUUAAAUACUUUGUAUUCAAUUUCUUCAUCAGUUACAUUGGUAUCCAAUUACGCCAACUAGAUUCAUAAUCACUUCCACUUUAAUUUUAUAUACUAUUUCCAAAAUUGUCAUCAGCUGCUUAUUGAAAUGUGUUCUCUCAUAGAAUUAAGUCUCCCUGAAUUAGAUAUUUUUAUGACAAAGGAAAACGAAAAAGGUUUUUAAAAAAUUAUUUUGCGUAAUGUGUUAUAUUUUGUUUUGCAUUUCAUUACUACUGUUAGUUUAGAUCAUCUGUAAUACCAAUGUUUGAACAAUAAAUUAGACACUUAUUUUUCUAUGUGAAUUAGUUAUAGUUUGUAACAAUAAAAUUUUGG